AUGGCUUGGCCUUGCCCUUUUUUCAAACUCCUCAAGCAAAUGGCACAUUUUUUCCGAGACAAUGAGCAAAAUCAUAGCCAAAUAAAGUAUCUAUUGCUUGCACUUUGUUUCAAUCCUUCAAAACAUUUGGAACAUCCAUGGCGUAUAGACGACAGCGAGAUCCGCAAUAUGUGUGAAUCACGAAUGAUCCGGGCUUAA